GUGCGGACAACUUCAGGCGAGGAUUAAUGCUUGGAUAAACAAAACAAAACAAAAGGAUUCUUCAGCUGCAGCCAAAGGCCCCGCUGACAAACUGUGACUGAUUCCAUUCUGUGGCAGAAAUGAAGAAUCGUCUGGUUUGCUGUGUGUGUGCAUAAUUUUUUGCCUUCUUGUCAUCUCUUUGAACGCAGCGAAAACAAAACACUUGAGAGCCCCACACACAGACUGCUGAGUGCUAUAGAAGUUAUUCUCCUGAAGGUUUACCCUGCAGACUGUUUGGGGUAAAGGGUAUCAUUAUGUUAGGGGCAAGUAAAUUGGUCCUCUGGGUAAUGACGGGUCUGCUGGCCAUCACGACUGUCUUCUUUAAUGUCUACAUCCUCCUGAUGAGUCUGUGGAACUACAGGCAGAAGAAGAAGUGGAAUCCCAGUGAGACCAUCAUGGUGGCGCUGGCGGUGGCAGACGUGGCUCACAUGCUGGUCUGCUACUUCUGGAUGACCAUGACCGAGGUGGAUAAUGAGUGCCACAUCACCCAGAACGUCUACACUAUCAUGCUGCUGCUGGUCUUCAGCCUCAAGUUCACCAUCAUGUGGGACACCAGCUUUCUCACCUUUUACUACAGCACCAAGCUGGUGAGCACGCCCAACCACUGCUACACGCAGAUCCAGGCCGCCAUCCUCAAGCACGUGACUUUAGCUGUUUUUCUCAUCCCUCUGUGUGGCCUGGGCACCUGCAUGCCGAUGCUCGUGGUGUUCCACCCGGACAACUACACCAGAGAGUACCGAGACUGUGGGGUUAUAAUCCCCGACACCCGCCCCGGCAAGAUCUACGAGACCAUGUAUCUGCUCAUCACCGACGUCCUGCCAGGCGUGCUCAUGGUGAAAUGCUGCAUCUCCAUCUCCAUCCACCUGGCUGUCCAUCUCCGUCACAUGAAAGCCAGCACCAACGGAGCCCACUGCCCGAAGCUGGGCUCUCAGCUGAGGGUGAUCCGGAUGGCGCUGUCUAUAGUGGCCGCCUUCAUCCUCUUCCUCGUGGUCGACCUGUACGUCCAGUACCAGAUAGUGGUGAACCACGAGAACAUCAUCAUGCUCACGUUCUUCUUCACGUCCAUCUACACGACUGUCACCGCCAUGGUGCUGAUCUACGGGAAGGCGACACUCUGGAAAGCUCUGAUUCACGGCUUUAACGUCUGCCUGGAUGAAUAUCCGUGUUUGUCUUGUAUGAAGGUGCCUGAACAAAAGGCGAAACUCAGCUCUCCUGCAAAAUGUAAAAACUGAGAAGCCAGUUUGCUUCGCACUGAAGGUCUUUGUGCUGAAAUCAAUUGGUCAUUGUCUGAACUUAUUAAAAACUUUGAAGAAACUUAUUCUUUUAUCUUUUGCACUAGCAAUUUCAGUAAUGAUUCAACUGUCCCGCUGUAUCACCAUUAAUUACAAUUCCUUACAUCAAUAAGGUAUUUUUGCUGUGUUAGCCUGUUGGUAGAGCUGUUCAAGCGACGUGGCCAGGUAACCAGCUUUCCAUCCAAAUCACAAGCUCAUCAGACUGCACCUGUGAAUGAAUAUUUCAGGAGGACAAAUAAUAGCCAGGACUGUAAAAUAGAUCCCCAGGCAUGGUUGCCUGGACGUGAUGUA